UCUUGCAGUAUGUUGUGCUGUCAGCCCAUGUCAUGUUUUCCUAUAUGUUGCUUCAUGCUUAUUUGUCAAGGGAGAUUAGGGAGUUUAAUAUCUUUUGGAUGACCUAGUUCAGCUAGUGACUUAUACUGUUUCUCAGCAGCCUUUGUGGUUGUAUACAUACGGCUGGGAUGUCAAAGUUGCAGUACAAAGGACCUUAUUUAUGAAAGGACGCACCCCAUUUGAAGCUGGAGAAAAAUGGCAGGGAUGGAAGACUAAGUUACUGGUAUUUAGAUGAACAAUUUCUUUAUAACCUCUUACCUAUUUGAUACCUACAGACUUUUCUGUUGUAAGUAAUAAAGCUGUUGGCCAGUUUACGGCCAUAAAUGGGAAAAAAAAUGAGUCUUAUGGUGUGGUGUAAGCAAUCAUAGCUGUGUUUCUUGAAUGGUUAUCCAGAAAGGGAAGUGAAGUCUUGCUUGUACAGCAGUUUGUUUUAUUUCUCAUGCAGUCGCAGACGCAAGAGCACACUAUCCCACGAUGAACCCCUUAUCUGAGCCGUCUCCUUCAGAGGCUCCCGAAGAGUUUGAAAGUGAGAAAACAGUGACAUGUGUGAUCCUGGCAAUCUCCUUCCUGGUUGGGACUCCAGGGAACCUGCUUGUGAUCUGGACUAUCCUGAGAUACGUCAAGCAGCGCUCCCACACUGUGGUGCUCAUCCUGCAUCUGGCUGUGGCAGACCUGUUGGUCCUCAUCACCCUGCCUGUAUGGAUCUACUCCCUGCUGCACACCUGGAUGUACGGACAGGCCCUCUGCAAGGCGUUGGUGUACAUCGUCUCCGUGUGCAUGUUCAGCAGCAUCUUCUUCAUCACCCUUAUGAGUGUGGAGCGCUUUGUAGCCGUCUGUCAUCCAUUUGUGAUGAUGCGUUGGAAGACCAGGACCACCAUGAGCAGAUGUCUUGUAUUUUUUUGGCUCUUUGCUUUUCUUCUUGGAAUUCCUGCCAUCCUGACCCAGACUUUGAGUGAAAGUGAGGGAGCAGAGCAGUGUUUUCAAAGGGAAUUUAACUCACCGGCUCAAGAAUUCUUUGUCUUAUGCCUGGACACCUUGGUGGGCUUUGUACUCCCCUUCAUCAUUCUUAGUACCUGUUACUGUUUUGUAGCCGCGCAGCUCAAAAAAUUGAGCUUCAACUCCAAAAUGAAAUCCAGGGUUCUUGUUCACGCUGUGGUUAUAACGUUCAUACUGUGCUGGUUGCCGUACCACAUUGUCAACAUAAUCGACCUGGUUUGCAUCCUGUUGUCAGACACAGAGCAUGAAUGCGUGCCAGAGUCUCUUAUCUUCACUUCUGGUGCGCUUGCCUUCAUCAGCAGCUCAGUGAAUCCCGUGUUAUACGUGUUCUUCGCUCGGAGCUUCAGAGGGAGUCUUGAAGAGUCUCGUCUCGUCAGGCUGUUCCAGGAAAUGACCAGUCAUUCAAAUAAACUCAGAGAGUUGGCGUUGCACCAGCAGACUGGCCAGACGGCAGCAAGUACACAGAUAGAACUGGUGUCUGAUUCUCUAUGUUAAAAACAAAGAUACUGUAAAGCUUUGAAUCUAUGGUCAAGGUUAAAUGUGAUCAAGUGAAUGUGAAUAAACUGUGGUUCACAGAGAUAAUUAUAAUGUAUUGUAGAUCAUUUUCUUAUAGAAACCUCCAUUCAGUGCUUUAGUCACCCAAUACAGGCAAAUAUUUUGUGACUUUGUGUUUUAUGGCAUGAUUAGCAUUGGUUGUUGUUAUACUUCUGUAAAAAACGUAUACCAGCUCCUGCUGUAUGAUGUGUUUUUAGCCAUAUCUCAAUAGAUGUUGUCUUACCUAAAAUCGAGGCUCCAGUCAGCUCCAAAUACAGGUUUUAAUACUUUAAACGUGACCAGAAUAUAAUUUUGCUGUAUUUUUAGUUUUAAAAAGUUCACAUCUAACAUUUCUUCAUGACAUUAUUUUGAUAACUAUCAUUGAACAUGGAGAGUUUC